AUGGUCGGCCCCAAGGCUAGCCUCCCCCCCCUCCUCGCCGCCAUCUUGUUUGGCAUGGAGCAUUGCGUCCCCCUCCUCUCGUCGUACGGCGCCCCGCGGGCGGCGCAGCGGCAGAUGCUCGGCUCGCCCGAAACGACCUCGGUCCCCAUCCUGUCGCCCCUUGGGGGGCUGAGCAGCCAGUUCCUCCAGAUGACCAUGAUGUUUACGUCCUCCUCGUCCGAGCAGCGCACCGUCACGCUCACCGCUGAGGCGCUCUGCGGCGCGGCCGAGGGGAGCGAGCACGUGCACCCCUCCGUGCCAAAGGGCAGCGGCCGCCUCCUCUCGUGGCUGGAGGAGUCUCGCGACUGGACGCCGCUCCACCACAUCGAGGCGCUGAGCAAGGAGCGCGCCCUCGCGCUGCUGCGCGACGGCGCCAAGCUCCACGCCGGCUCCCCCUCGCCGCUUGAGCGGGCGCGCGCGAUCGGCGACACCCUCUCGCUGUACGAGCGCGUCGAGGUGCACGGCCUCACGCGCGCGGCACUCAACGGGCUCGUCGGCGUGGUGGAGUCGCAGUCGGAGAUUGCUCGCGCAACCGGCGUCGACUGGAGCACGGCCGACGAGAAGCGCGAGGCGCGCCACGUCUCGAUCAAGCCCGCCAACCUCAAGGGAGAGCAGGCGCGGCUGCCUCCUCGAGGACUUGUCGCCUCUCUCCUCCUCGAAGCGGCCGUCUGGUCGCCGCGCUCGCACCACACUUUCCCGGCCGAGGCCCGCGCUCGCGCCGCCGAGCUCAUGCGCAUCGGCUACCUCUUCGCGCACGGCAGCGACCGCGGGCGCACCACUGAGCUCGUCGACGUCUGGCGCGGCCACGUCGUCCCCUUCGCGGUCGAGCGCGAGUGA